AUGAGUAACGAUACCGACACACAGUCGAUUGAAGUGGCUGUUCCUUUCGAAAAGCUCAGAGAUUUCAGAGUGACGGUGCAGCUGUACCCGAUAGGAAAUGCACCACCCUUAAAACAAUGCAAAUUUGCUAUGGCCGGCUCGACACCGGUGAGAGUGUUGAUUAAGUUUCUCGAGGGCGCGGUUAUGCAUAGUGGAACGCAUACAGGAACUCAAGAGCCAGAUGUCUACGUGUACAUCAACAAUUUCUUCUGUCCCAUGGACGACCAAAUUAUGGCAGACUUGUGUCGAGAAUUCGGCAAAGUUGAACGCGAUGAUGAGCAACGAAUAAAAGGAGGUUCAUUGAAGUUGCAUUAUUCAGUUGGUCCUGCAUAUGCUUAG